UCUCGGCACUCCGAGAACACACACGUUAUAUAUAUAUAUAUAUAUAUAUACUAUCUUACAACGCAUAUCCAACGCGUUUUUGAGUUAUCAUCAUUAUCAUCAUCAUCAUUAUUAUUAUUAUUAUUAUUAUUAUCAUCGUUCCGAAUUGGAACAUUUCGAGUUUCUCGAAUACGUUCCUCCCAUUGGAAGAACACGGGCUUUGUUUGUGACAAGUGGAAAGUGAGGAGGAGUAGUAAUCUGACAAACGAUGGCACCGCAUACCAGCUACACGCCUGUCAGUGGUAUGGAGUACGAGGAGCCGGUGUCGAGGACUUACCAGUACAGAAAGGUGAUGAAACCGAUGCUGGAGAGGAAGAGGCGGGCAAGGAUCAAUCGUUGCCUGGACGAGCUUAAGGAUCUGAUGGUGACCGCGCUUCAGGCCGAGGGGGAGAACGUGGCCAAGUUGGAGAAGGCUGACAUUCUCGAGCUCACUGUCCGCCACCUUCACACGCUCAGGGCUGCCAGGAGGCUCACCCUCACGCCGGAGAACAGCUACGCGGACAGAUUCAGGGAGGGGUUCACCCAGUGCGCCCAGGAAGUGUCCUCGUUCCUUUCCACCCCUGUCGCGGCCGCCGUACACCCUGCUGCCGGUGCACAAUUGAUGAGACACCUCGGCGGUUGCCUUCGAAGACUCGAAGGAACAUCCUCGGCCAAUCUUGGGACCACCAACAAUAACAACACCACCACCACCAUCACCACCACCACCACCACCUCCACCACCGUCGCAUCCACCACUGCGAACACUGUGAGCAAGACGACACCAGCCGUCAGUCCAACCACCAACGUGAUGAUCAACGUACCCCAGAACGUUUACACGCCUCCCCAAAGCCCUGUCAGUGUGGCGAGUUCGUCCGGGGAGUCUAUGGAGUCGUCGAACGCUGUUUGGAGGCCUUGGUGAUUUCGAUGAAGUUCGAUAAUUUUUGAAGACUUUGAACUUUGACAAGCUAAUUCAACUUCCGUUCCUCUCUGGUGAAGAAGAAGCUUAAGAAGAAGCUUCGCUGUGUGUGGCAGGAGCGAAUGGGAGGGGAGAAAACGACGAAUCAUUUGUCUUCCAUACGUUGAAAAUUGUUGAACCUCGUUCGAGGUGUUCGAUCGAUAAUUAUAGAUUGAUGUAAUCGUUUUUUUUUUUUUUUAUUAAGUAAUUAAUCGUAAUUGGGACCACUGUUUUCUCGAGAUGCUACAUUUCUAUAUCUCUCUCUUUCUCUUCCUUUCUCUUUCUCUUUCUAUCUCCCUGUUUCCUUCUCUCAUCUCAUUGUACUGUAAAUAGGUGAUGAAGCUUUAAGUGAUACAUCUGUGAUAGGGCUUGAUUUUUGUACCUGAGAUAAACUAUAUUCUCAUAAAGUAGAAGGAUGAUUAUUAUUAUUAUUAUUAUUAUUAUUAUUAUUAUUAUUAUUAUCAUUAUCUUCAUCAUUAUUAUUAUUAUUAUUAUUAUUAUUAUUAUUA